AUCCUGGUGCAAAAACUCAUGACCUGACCUGGACCUUAGUGGACCAGGAUAUAUUUGGAUGGAGGAAGACAUGUUUGUAUGUAGUACUUGUAGUGUUGUUGUCUGUGGUCACAAUAAACCUAACCCUUGUAUGCUGGUUGGUCACCAUUCUAAACAUCAAUACGAACGGUAUGAACUACAUGCAGUCGUUCGGAGGAGGUGUUCAGUUCACAGCAAAGACCUACGUAGAAGAUCUGUUGAUCACCUCUGGGCUCAAAACUAGGGAAGGUCAACCGAUGACUGUGAGAAGUGUCAAAAAUCUUACACUGAGAACUACUGAUAGACUUGGUUUCUCUACCUCCAGCAUAAAAUUGGGUGGAAGUGUCCUGGACAUCAACUCUCACAACUUCACAGUGUCUGAUCCUCGAGGCAAGACAUUGUUCAACGUUAACCCAGACUCCGUGUCGCUCUUCACACAUUUACUCUCCAUCUCAGGAGAAGGCGGAGCUGUAUUAGAAGGCAGUUUGCAGACUCCGGUCGUUAGUGCAGAUGUUCGGUCGAAUCUUGUGCUGGAGUCGAUUAUGAAGGACUUACAUGUCGUAGCACCUGCAGGCAUCUCUAUAGAGAGCAGGGCUGGGGACAUACAAUUAUCCAGCCACCGAGAUAUAACUCUUCAGACGGUGGAUGGAGCAAUAAAGCUAGAGUCAUCCAACGUGCUGCUCCCUGGACUACAUAGACAUCAUCACAAACACUCACAUCGCGGUGACAAGAUCUACCAGCUGUGUGUCUGUGAGAAUGGUCAGCUGUUUUUGGGAGAAGCUGACGCCUUUUGCAACACAGAAGGAGCGAAUCUCGAGUGGUGUUGAUGGCAAUGCAAGCAGUCCUGUCUUAGAAUCAGCUGUUCCUACCGUAGCCUCGUGUCUUCUGUGUGUUGAAACACCAAUCUUGAGCUGUGAAAAAGAAAUACAAGAUCAACUAGUUCAUAUUGAAUGAUUCGCAAUUCCCUGUUACAGGUUGUCGUUGUCUUAGACA